GCUGAGCUGUGGGUCCCGGACAGGCCCACUGCCUCCUGAGGUCCUCUCUGGCUCCUUUUGUGUUGUUCUCUUCCCCACUUCCUUGCUUGUAAGGACACUUACCCUUUGACCCUGUACCUAUCUCCACCCUUUCUUCUUUAUUGCCCUGAUUAUCUUCCUUUUCCUGCACUCCAAUCACUUUUUUCAUGUUUCCUUCAGUGAAGGCGAGGAAACUGCCAGCUGCGUUUGCACCUUUCAUUAGGUGAUUGGAACUGCAUCCUGCCUGAUUACACUAAAAUUUUUUUUGAGAAUGAGGACAUCUGCCUGAUAGAUGCCUGAAAGAAAAAGUUAUUUUUAUUUUUGGAGUAGUUUCUGAUUAAAUUUCCUGGAGUGAGAAGAAGAGAAGCCAGCUGGUUUCACCCAGGAGUGGAUCUUUGGUUUGGGUUCCUAUGGCUUCCUGGCGAGCGUGUGACCUCAGGACACUGGUGGCUGUUGUGUGUGGGCUGCUGACCACCAUCGUUUUGGGACUGGGCAUCUGGAGGGCUGUGGUCCGGAUCCAGAGAGGAACAUAUGCACCCCCAGCAAGCACCCCUACAGGGUUCUGCAGGAAUGGUGGAACCUGGGCAAAUGGCAGAUGCAUUUGUCCAGAAGAAUGGAAAGGAUUGAGGUGUACAAUUGCUAAUUUUUGUGAAAACAGUACUUAUGACAGUUUUACUUUUGGCCGAAUUCCAGUGGGAAGUUAUGGCUCUUCCUUCGAAACAUGUGAAAAGGACACUCUAAAUGCGGGCCAUUCAAGAGCAACCCGGAUGUGCAGGCUUACUGAAGAGGGAGAAAUAAAAUUAGAUACACCAGAAAUAGGAAAUUGCGACUUAAAUCUGGAAAUUCUGGAAAAGCAGGUAAACAAUGCCACAACAAAUAUUUCAACAAUUUCUAAGGAAGUCCAUAUUUUAACAGCUAAUGUAGAUAUGUUAACUCCUGAGAACAUCACUUCUGCUACAAAAGUGGUUGGACAGAUCUUCAACACAUCCAGAGAGGCUUCACCUGAGGCAAAAGUAACUGCUGUAUCAACAGUAAGUCAACUUCUAGCUGCUAGUGAAGAUGUUUUUCAAGAAGCUGCUUCUGAGGAUGACAACACCUUUGCAACGCUUGUUCAGGAAAUGGAAGCUUAUUCCUUGUCUCUGGGUAAUGAUUCAGUGGUGAGCCCUAAUGUAGCGGUGCAGGGUGUUGUUUUGUCUUCAGGAAACAGUACAGGGUCUACAGGUGUUCGCUUUACUGUGCAGAAAGGAUCUAGCAGUUCUCUUGUUUCUGGCUCCACACAUGUCGAAACAAAUGUGAACGGCAUUAGUACCAACUCAAUGACCGAACUUCAGAUCUGGCUCGAACCCUUGGAAAGUAAUACCAACUCAUGUAGCUUUAUAGUAUAUCAAAAUGACAAGCUCUUCCAAUCAAAAACUUUUAAAACUAAAUUAAAUUUUACUCAAAAAGUUAUCUCAGGCAAAACUGAUGGGAAGGGGGAUGAUCAGAACACUUCUGUCAAAAUGGCCUUCCGACCACAGCAUAACCCAAAAGAAUUCAAACUCCACUCCUAUGCCUGUGUCUUUUGGAAUUUUUCAAAGAAGGAUUGGGACACAAAUGGCUGUCACAAAGACGGGAGAGCUGGUGACUUCGUGCACUGCUGCUGCAACCACACCACUAACUUUGCUGUUCUAAUGAGUUUCAAAAAGAACUAUAAAUAUCCUGAAUCACUAGAUGUAUUGUCCAUCGUUGGAUGUGCGCUGUCCAUUUCUGGUCUGGCUCUCACGAUUAUAUUUCAGAUUGUCACCAGGAGAGUCAGAAAAACCUCAGUAACCUGGGUGUUGGUCAGUCUGUGCACAUCAAUGUUGAUUUUCAACCUCCUCUUUGUGUUUGGAAUUGAAAACUCCAACAAGAAGUUAAGUGCAAAUGACACCCAAGAUACUGAUUCUAAUAGUAAUGAAAAGCCCAAAACAGAAACUGUGGACCCCGUGAACCCCAAAUGCACGGCGGUGGCUGCCUUGCUGCACUACUUUCUGCUGGUGACGUUUACCUGGAGUGGACUCAGCGCCGCGCAGCUCUAUUACCUUCUGAUCAGGACCAUGAAGCCUCUUCCUCAGCGUUUCAUUCUUUUCAUCUCCUUAAUUGGAUGGGGAGUCCCGGCUAUUGUGGUGGCGGUGACAGUGGGAAUCAUUUUUUCUCAGAAUUCGGCCUCAGAGUGGGAAUUAAAAUACCGGCAAGAAGCAAUCUGCUGGCUGGCAGUUUUGGACGGCAAUGAUUUUAUAAGAAGUCCAUUGUUGUGGUCACUCAUUCUACCUGUGACCAUUAUCCUUAUCACCAAUAUUGUUAUAUUUAUUGUCAUUACAGUCAAAGUGCUGUGGAAGAAUAACCAGAAUCUGACAAGCACAAAAAAGUUUUCAUCGCUAAAAAAGAUUCUUAGUACAUUAUCUGUUGCAGUCGUUUUUGGAGUCACCUGGAUUCUGGCAUUCUUGAUGCUCACUGACAAUGAAGACAUCAGGAUCAUCUUCAGCUACAUAUUCUGCCUUUUGAACACUACGCAGGGAUUGCAAAUUUUUAUCUUCUACACUGUCAGAACACCCAUCUUCCAGAAUGAAGCUUCCAAAGUGUUGAGGUCGCUGUCGUCAUCUGCUGGGAGAGUGAAGAUGAUGUCAUCAGCACCCUCACUGAGGCUGCGUGUGAGGAUGUAUAACAUGCUCAAGUCAUGGCCCACCCUAAAUGAACACUUCAGGCUGCUGGAUCCGUCUGUGGUUACAGAGGAAACGACACUCUCUGAGAGUGACCAAACACAAGUGCCUUCACAGUAAACACAGUAAAACUGUUGCCUUCUGUGGUCCUUUCUAUUCAGCUUGUGUGAGUUUUGCUUUUUCUAUUUCCUUCCUUUAGUAGCCAGUCUUUCCAGAAUGUCACCCUCAAUAUAUUUUGCUUAAAGUUAAAAAUCAGGUAAAACCUGUUGUUUAUUAUCAUUAGGGAUAAUGGAUCUGGUAGUUUUCUAUUAUUCAACAGAUUUCUUGCCCAAAUGAGCUAAAGAAUUCCACCAAGCCCACAGAGAGGUAGAAUUCUAAGUUUUUAGAUGUUUCAUCACUAUGUUGUACACCUGAACCUAAUACAUUAAAUUUCAAGAAAAAGGGGGGCCACAAGUUUAUACAUGUGUCAUCAUCUUCUCAAAAAGAAUUCAGUUGUUUGGGUAGACCACAUUUCACUUAUGCACUCACCCAUUUAUGGGCAUUCAGCCAUUUCCCAGCUUUGAAAACUAUGAAUAAAACUGAUAUAAACAUUAUUAUACUAUGUCUUUGUGUGGACGUGUGUUUUCUUUUGAAAUACCUAGUAUAAUUGUUGCAUCAUAGGGUAAAUAUACAUAUUUAACUUGGUAAGUAACUGCUGAACAGUUUUUCAAUGUGGUUGUACCAUUUUAUACUACCAACAGCAACAUACAAACUUUGGAGUUAGUUUUUAAAGUCCUGACUUGUGAAUAAUUUCAAAAUGUAGGUUAUACAUCCCUUUUUCAAGAUACUGAUCAUGUUUCUAAAAACAAUCCCACUUAAUAGAUCUUUUGUUUUAGACAAAGAAGAGGGAAAAGUAAAAGCAGAGUGGUAUGAUCUAAUACUCCUAUCUCUUUUGAACUAUAUUUCCCAGGGAACUAUAGUCCAAUUUUUAUCUUCUUUCGGUAGAGCUUUGUUACACGUGGAAGUAUCACAUUGAUAACUUGCUGAACUUUGAUAAAAGCUGCUAUGAAACUGUGAUAUAACAGUUGAGGCCUUCUGAACCUUUGCACUGACCAAAAAAAAAUGUAUUUUUUCCAGUCACAGUACUUGCCAAGCCAUUGCAGGUUAGGAAGCAUUCGGGAUGGGGAAUUGUGGACCUAACUACAAGUUAUGUGACUUGAGGCAAGACACUGGCAUCUCUGGGCAUAAGCCUGAGGCUCUACCUUUGUAAGGGCAUGGGUGAGACUAGAUGAACUCUAAAUUCCUUACCAGCUCUAAACUCCUGUGACUCUAACUGCAGGCUUAAAUUAUUUUAAAAUGUUCUUAAAACCCUUUUCCCACCUAAGUAUUACAUGUGUAUAUUUUUCUUAAAAAGAAAAAAAAAUAAAUUAAAAAGAACACUCCAGAUAGAGCCAAAGUUCCCUUUGACUAUUUUCUACCAAACCCAGGCCCUUCCUCUCCCCUUCCUUCCAAUUCUCUCCCCACAGUUAACCACCAUAAUAAGUUUGGUGUGUAUCUUUCCAUAUUUCAGGAAAUAGGUAUACACAGAAUUAUAUGCCCAUAGAAAUUUACUCAUGUGUGCCUUUUUCUUCUCUUUUCUUUCCUAAAUAAAUGAUAUACAGAACUAAUUCAGUUGACCCCAAGACCACUUUAAGGUUCAAUAAUUCAGUAAGAGACCUUAGAGGAUUCAGCACACUUGUAUUCUCUGUGCUGCAAAACAACAUAAAACAAAAUUAGCAAAGGAAAAGGUCAUAGGCAUGGAUAAAAGGCUGGAGAAAACCAGGCCCCAAGUUUCUGAAAGUCCCAGUACAGUCACACAGGAUGUGUUUUGCUCCUCCAGCAAUGAACUGUGACUGCGUGCCUGAAAUGCUGUUUGCCGGGGAUGCUCAUAAGAAACUCAGUGCCCAGGUGUUUCAUUUGGGGUUGCUCAUAAAGACACCCUCUGCCUGGCAUGUACCAAAAUUUCAGAAGGCAACCAGGUGUGCAGCAUCAAACACAUUAUUUAUACAAAAAGUUUAGGCACAAUGCAACAGUGUUAUCAAAGAAUAUUGGGAAUGCUUCCAAAAUCCUAUUUCCUGGACAUGAGUUGUGGGCCAGCCUUCUAAACUGGUCUUUCUAAGUAUUGCAGUUUUAGGCUGCUAUGUUAACUCUUUUCUGCACAGUAACAAAACUUUCUGAAACUUGCUUUUUUCACUCAAUAAAAUGUU